AUGGAUCAAAUUUUACCUCUUUUGUUUGCAACACUGUAUGCCUGGUUAGAUUUUUCUGUCAGUAUUGUUUAUCAAAGUUUGUGUAAAAACUCGUAUCCGACACGUGACAAAUUUUUCAAAACCAAUGGAACGGAUGCUGCUGGGCUCCAAAUACAACUUUUCUUUUAUGGAACGGGUUCAACAUUGGUCACCAUUGAAUUAUGCAAAGAUAUUCCACGGUACAUUUGUAUGGCAUAUAUUUGUGUGAAACUGCCCGUGUAUCUAAUUAGAAAAAUUCGUUUAUUCUACAAGAACAAACAUUCUCUUUCAUCACUCUUCCAUUCGUCGGAUAAAAUGACACGUGAAGAAAAACAAUUGAUAUCAUACAUGAAAUAUUCGGUUGAAGCGUUGUAUGUUCGAAAUUUAUUUAUACCAGCAAAAUAUCGACCAAGUAGUCGUGCUUUAUUGUCGAGAAUAGUACCGACGAAAAUAUACGAGUUUCGUGAUGAUUUCCGUUUUUCAACACGAAUUAUAUGUCUCUACUCCUCGGUGUUAAUGUUUCUAUUUGUCAUUUCAAUCGAUCUUAUUGUUACUUAUCUACCUGUACUCGAACAAAUUCGUGCAACGAUUAAAGAAUGGUUCGAUUUCAUAUUUUUGAAAAAUGCUUUUCCUGUGCCGAAUCUGACUGCACCGUUUAUCUGUGCCGUGUUACUAGCAGCAGCGGCGAUUUGUCUACAAUUGGCUAUUCAACUAGUAAUCAUUCGACGAAAUUUACUUCAAGUCUAUCGAGGUGACGAUACAGAAGUACCGCAUCGUAAAACAUUACAAAAUGUUAGCACUUCGACGGGAAAUGUUCAUUUUGCAGGUAUUAGUUUCAAUGAAAAAUAG